AUGCCGCUCGUUCAGUCACCAGUUAAUGCGAGUGUGCACGACUUUAACGAGGUUCCGACAUCGUUACUGUGGGAGGUUCAAGCUUCGUUGAAUGAGGCGGCUGGCCUCGCCGGUAACUGUCGUGCAGAUGCGCAACUGAAACACCUGGAAGAUACCUUCCAUCGUACCAAAUGGAAGCUCAGGAUUUGCAAGACAAUGAGAGCUUCAAUGGUUGAUCUAGCAGGUACAGGCUGGCGCCUAGUCAGAUUAUGGCAUGCUAUCAGUAUACUGGUCUUUUCUAUCUCAGUGAACAUCACCAGCGAUAUCGAAUUGACUUAUUCUACCGAUUGGGAUGAGCGUCCCUGCGAAGAGCUUUGGAGAUCUCAGAUCUUUCCGAACCUGGUGGGGGGUGCCGAAGACGCAGUCUGUGCUGCAAGGCGGAUUCCAUUGGCUGCACUUUCAUCAUGUGCCGCAGCUCGAACCUUUGUCACCAUGCGCAAGCUCGGCAAUUCAUUCUCCAAGGCACUGCACUGUGAGCCGGGAAGAUUCGGCGGUACUAGUUCUGGCUGGCUCGCUAUGCGCAAUUCGGUGUGCCGAUUACUUAAGGACUGUAACAGUAAACUUACUUGGUUUCCUGCAGCUUCGGUCAUCAAUCCGAAUCUACGCGUUGCACAAUUCCUUGCCUCAUUCUGCAAAUUCGAGAAACCAAAAUCUCUGAGGCUCGCAAGGGAUAUUGUGACGCGCAUUUGUAUCCUUGCUCGUGGCAUGCAUGCAGUACGCUCCGUGCGACUGGCAGCAGCUCGACGUGAUAGCAGGCUCACGAUGGCUAGAGCACAAUUCGCUCUAACCUGUCGGCGACCAUCAAAAAUUGAUCUUGUUUCGAAGCAUUCCAUUGAAUUGGCGUACCUGCGACUUCAGCGACUCUGGGCGUUUGUCAAUUGGUCCAUAACCUUAUGCAACGGCCUUGCACAAAACGAGUCUUCAAAUUUCAAUCUAGAACGAUCUGCAAUUGCAAGUGCAUUGGAUGUAAAGCUUCGCCAUUGCCUCUCUCAGCUUAGUAAUGCUGGACAUAAAAGUCGAUGGAACCCCCAGGAACUUCUUAACAGAAGUCAGGGCAAGCAAGGCACCUGGGUGCCCCUUACGUUGUAUGGAGCUUUCUUAUCGCAGGAAAAUACUAACAAGCAUCUGUUGCCAACGUCGAGGCCAUCCGAUCUCACAGAUGGGCUCACAGUAGCUGAUCAAUACAUCGGAAAGAUGGAGGAGCGCCAUCGUAAGCGCCUGAUAGGAUUCUCGCUCGCUGCUGGGAUGUUGGCAGCUUCUUAUGAAAGGCCUUCAUUUUUAUCUGCAGAGUAUUCUCGCCUGGCGCGAAUUUCGCACACACCACUGACUCUUUUGUUCCAGCCUCCUGGCGUAGACAUGGGUGAACAUUCGUCCACGUCCGACCAACGGGCCUCUCGUGAUCCACACGUUCUUCAUAUCCAGUUAUUGAAUCGUUGCUCUGUGGGUCCCAUGCUCACGUAUUCAGAAUCAUCUAUCAUCCCUCAAUCUGUAUUUGAUUAUAAAUGGGACUCAUGCCUCGAAGCUUUCGAAGCACAGCUGCAAGUCAUUGAACUUGACAGAUGCGGCUCGGUUUGCACUUCCACGCAACUUUUGCGCAGUAACAUAGUCCUGUUCCGGCAGCUUUUACUGUCCCGAAAAUGCGAUCAACGCGAUACUGAAUGUCACACCAUCGGCCAAAUAAAAAAUGCCAUUAGACCAAGCAGAGCCAAUCUGGCAAUCCAAUCUCCAACCAAUCCGAUGGACUAUCCAAACGCUCCCUGCAGCCAAUUGGAUAAGGUGCGUGCCAUUUUGAUAGAUCUACAAAGCGUAUUGAGGAAUUCGCCAAGUGAAUACAAAGAUAUGAUUUCCAAGUCAAUGAGCAUCACCGACGUGCUGUGUAUGCUGUAUGGACUCCAUACACAUAUGGCCUUGCUCUUGGCACCUUCGAGAAUGAAGCAGUUUUCAACAGUCGUAGCGUUAAAUGUGCCUUUCGGAUUACAUAGAAGGAUCGUAGAUUGUGUCUUUUCUAUGAGCACCAUUAUUCGACACUCACGGGCAAUAGUAUCUCUCGCAAAUGCCACGAUAUCGUCACGUGGAGCUCAGCAUGGCCUAGCUGUCCUGGUUACAGACGCUGCUUUUGUUGAGACAAUAAUAUGUAGCGCCUCUGCCUGCCUUGCGACCGAUGUGUAUGUCGAAUCUAUCGGAUUAGUUGCUGAUGUGCGUUGUUCUAUCGUUGGUGCGCGCAAUAUCAAUCACGUAGAGCUCACAACAGUGACCGAUGUAUAUCGCCGAUGGGCUAUAGACCGCAUCAAUACUUCGAGAGGGGAACGCACCGCCAAUUCUCAUUUGAUCCCUUGCCCUCUCCCAAGUGACCAUUGUGUCCUUGAGGCCCGUUGCUCCCUAAACGACAACUUGGGUCCUCUUCAUGAGAAAAUGUUCUGUCUGAUGAGGUGCUGCUUUCGAGACGUAAUUCAAACGACAAUCUUUAGGAUAAAAUCCGCCUGCGAUGCGAAUGUGGUAAGCCUGAGCACCAAUAGCUUCGAGGCACUGCGACUAUCCAUUUCCAACGAGCUCAUUCAUUGGCCCUUGUUAACUGGAACGGGACUUCAUAAAGAUAAUCAGCUAGUUGAAGUCGUAUGUAGCUCUGCGGCUCAAUCCUCACUCUCGCAUGUGCUGGUCUGUCUUUUCUUAAUGAAAGACAAUUCCACUUUCAUUAAGCUGCACGUGCUUCAUGUUGUGGUUGCAUUGAUAUUACUCAGAGAUGAUCUGAAUGUCUCUUACUCACGUGUUGCUAUGAAACUUCUAAAAGCAUUGCUCAAUGGCUCUUUCGUGGAUCCUAAAAUAAUCCUGAACCUAUUGCGAAUCUUGCGACUGGAAUCUGACUUCAAUGGCCACAUUCAUGUUCGAAGACUAUCUGCUCGUCGCGGUUCACCAAGUUUGUGGAACAGCGUAAUUUUUUUGGCGAGAAAUAUAUUUGUCAAAAUCCCAAGCGAGUAUGUGGCGAGCGGUACCUGUACAUGCGGCAAGAGUAAAACACAUUUCCUUAAUGCCUUGCAAGGCACUUGCGAAGAACUCACCCAACCGGGCACUAGCGUGUCUAAUUCUCACUUGCAUGGGCGUCUAGCGAGUGAAAUAAUGUCAAUCAUAAGUGAUGAGCACAUCCUAACCGGUGAUUUGAGCUUGUACAGUUCAGUUCACCUGUGCCAACAAGUUCAACGGUGCCAAUCAUCUGAAUCUAAUCACACGCUUACCUUGGGAGCAUGGGCGGGCUCAAGUGUCAGCCUAUCAAUUGAUUCGUCAGUCCUGCUAGACUUUACCACCCAAGGUCCAAAAAGUAGCGGGAAUUUGCGAGUCGGUGAUCAAGCAAAGAAAAGGUCUGCAAUUCCCACCUGGGCCACGCGACCAGUGGGGCAUAUUCUUCCGCAGGGGCGGUUGCGUCGUUUUAAAAUUAACACCAACUCAAAUUAA